UAAAAAAUGGAAGAAGAUCAAGAAAAGUAUUUGGAAGAUGCUCGUAAAGUUGUUAAAGAAUAAGCAUAUUUUAUGAGAGCUUCAUUAGAAAAAGCUUAAUUAAAAGAUGCUUUGAGAUAUUCUUCAGCAAUGUUAAGUGAAUUGAAAACUUCCUUGUUGAGUCCAAGAAAUUAUUACAUUUUAUUUAUGUAGGUGUUCGAUGAGAUGCGUAUAUUGGAGAAUUACUUUAAAGAAGAGUAUAGAAGAGGAAGAAAGAUGCCAGAUUUAUAUGAAUCAGUUUAACAUGCUACAUACGUCAUUCCACGUUUAUAUUUACUAAUCACAGUGGGAUCAGUAUUUAUAUAAACUCAUGAAAUUGGAGCAAAAGUAAUCUUGCUUGACUUAUUGGAGUGUAUAAAAGUAAUAAUAUUAGUAUAUACAUAAAUUUAGGCUAUUUAACACCCAUUAAGAGGAUUAUUUAUUAGAUAUUAUUUCUUGAAAUUGUGUAAAGAUAGAUUACCAGAUACUGGAUCUGAAUAUGAAGGACAAGGAGGAAAUAUAGAUGAUGCUAUUGAAAUAAUUAUAAGAAACUUAUCAGAGAUGAAUAAAUUAUGGAUUAGAAUGUAGGGUUCAAAAGAUAAGUCAAAGAGAGAAAGAGAAAGAUUAGAUCUGAAAGUAACGAUUGGUGAAAAUGUUACCAGAUUAAGCAAUUUAGAAGGUGUAUCAUUAGAUACUUAUAAAACAAAAGUUUUACCAAAAAUCAUUGAUAUUAUUACUAGCAGUAAAGAUCCUAUCUCUUAAACAUAUUUAAUGGAUUGUACUAUUUAAGCAUUUCCAGAUGAAUAUCAUUUAUAAACACUUUAAGAACUUCUUAAGGUUUGUACAACUUAACUUGAACCUACUGUGGAUAUUAAAAAUAUAUUUAUUAAUCUUAUGGGUAGAUUAGCAGAUUUUGCAUUAAAUAAUGAUAUGGGAACAUUCAAUUCUGAAGUCGAUAUUUAUAGCAUGUUUAAAUAAAAUAUUGAUAAAGUAAUAAUAUUUAAUUUAUAUUUAGAUGUUAGAUUCUAAUAGUUAAAUUGAAUUCAAAAAUUUAUUAGACUUAUAAGUUGCAUUUCUUAAUUUUACACUUAGAUGUUAUCCUUAAAAUUCAGAAUAUGUUAAUGAUAUUCUUAAAUCAUGUUGUAGAUUAUGUGAAAGAUAAAAUGAAACUGAUUUCACUGAAGAAUGUUAAAAAAAUAUUGUUAAAUUCCUUGCAAUGCCUUUAGAUACCAUGAGUCUAUCUAUUUUAACUAUGAAUGAAUAUCCUAAUCUUAUGAAACAUUUACCAUUCUAAAAAAGAAGAUAAGUUGCUAUCAAAAUAUGUUAAGCUGUUAUUAAUUUAAAUUAAGUUAUUGAAGAUUUAAAAAUUACUGAAGAAUUACUUAAAUUUAUUUCACCAUUAUUAAUUACAUAAAAUGAUUAUGUUGAAAUUGCAGAAAAUGAAUUUGAAGAAGAAUAAUAAUUAGUAGCUAGAACUGUUCAUUUAGUUUCAAAUCAUGAUUUAUCAAUUUAAAAUACUAUCUUACAAAAAUUCAUUGCCAAAUUUAAAUUAGGAGAUAUUAAUAGAUAAAAAUAUACUUAUCCUGCUGCCAUUUUUGCUUUGUUUAAAUUGAUUUAAUAAAUAUUUACUUAAGGAGGACCUUAAACAUGUAAUUUAUAUUUCCAUUAUUAUAUUAGAAGACACAUAAUAUAAAAUUUUAUUUGAUUAAAUCAAAGAAUUAAUUGAAGUCAUUUAAGGAAACUUUGCGGAACUAGCUUUAAAACUUUACUUAAACUUUUUAUUAUGCAUCAAUAUUGUUGAUUAAAAUCAAGAAUUUGAUGAAUUCUCAUAUGAUUUAGGAACAUAAAUUAUAACCAUAUUUUAAGAUGAAAUUGGUGAUUCUAAUUUGAAAGUCAUCUUAUUAAAUUAAAUAAUGUCAACUUUUGCUAAAUUAAAUUGUAUUAAUCCUGAAAAUUUUGAUACACUUGCUGGAAAUGCUACAUAAUAAGCUGCUAAAUUAUUGAAAAAAAAUGAAUAAGCUAUUGGAGUUCUAAAUGCUGCUCAUAUGUUUUAUAACGAUUAUUAAAGAAAUUCUUAGAGGGUUUAAGAAUGUUUCAAAAAAGCUUUGAAAAUAGCUAAUUAAAGUAUUGGUAACAAUCCAAAAUUUGUUUAUGUUUUUAUUUAAAUUUUAAAUAAAUAUUUCUACUUCUUUGAAAAAGUUGAGGUAUAUAUAGUUAUUAUACAUUUAGUUUAAAGAGGCUGAAAUUUAAGAAGUUAUCAAAAUUAUUCUUGAAAAAUUACCCAAAGCAUUGACAGAUAAUGAUGAAUAAUCUAAAAAGAUUAAAAUUUUAUGGGCAGCCACAUAAGAAAUUGUUAAAGAAAGAAAAAGAAGAUCCAUUUAAGCUUAUCAAUAAAUAAAUAUUUGAAUAUGAUAUGAACCGAAU